UUUGAGGUUAAACGAUUACGCUUAUCAACUACCAAACAAACAGGACGAUUCUUUUGACUCCUAUCCGCUCGUUUGAUUUGUUUCGUUCUCUUCAUUUUCGGUAAGUACAUGCGAUUUUAUCCAUUUUAAUCUCAGAAUUUUAGACACCUACUAAUAUUAUUCGAAUUUGUAUUAUUUCAAUUGAACAUUAAUAUUCAUUUAAUAACUUCUCCGUUUUAAUUUUUUUUAAUUAAAUUUUUCCUUCUACGUGUUGUAUUUUUAUUGUGACACGGUACUUUUUGCUUCUGUUCAGGUUAUAGGUAAUAAACAAAAGGCAUCAAGAUGGCCCCAAGCGGUAAUAAUAUGAUUCCGAAUGGACAUUUCCAUAAAGAUUGGCAACGUUAUAUCAAGACUUGGUUCAAUCAACCAGCUCGUAAAUUGAGACGUAGACAGACGCGUAUCAAGAAAGCCAAAGCGUUGGCACCUAAGCCUGCCGCGGGUCCUCUUAGACCGGUAGUACGUUGCCCUACACUGAGAUAUCACACAAAAGUCCGUGCUGGACGUGGUUUCACUCUACAAGAACUAAAGGUAAAUUUCAUAUACAGAACUGAUGUGUUCACUACUGUUAACUACAUGAUGACUUAGGGUGCUGGUUUAAACAAACAUUUUGCCCGUACUAUUGGAAUUGCUGUAGACCCAAGACGCAGGAAUAAGAGUGUGGAAUCGUUGCAAGUUAACAUUGAACGUUUGAAGGAGUACCGUUCCAAAUUGAUUUUGUUCCCACUUAAGAGCAAAACCAACAAAAUUAAGAAGGGCGAAGCUACUGUAUGUAUACACCUAUACAAUUACUUUGAAAUAAUAUAAAAUAUAUUUCUUUAAACCUUUUAUAAUUUUUCAUAUUGUUUAGGAGGAAGAACGCAAGACAGCUACACAAAUCAAGGGAGAAAUUCUACCAAUUAAACAGUUUGUCAGCACAGAACCUGAAGUACGAGCUAUUACAGAUGAAGAAAAGAAGUUUGAAGCUUUCAAUGCUAUCUGCCAGGUAAAACAAAUUCUGAUUACUUUUUGUUGCACAUUUUUAAAAUCCACUUUUUCUUACUAAAAAUGUGAGAGUCAUAGGUGUGCAAAAUUAUCUAUUAUUUUGUUCUUUUUUUAUUUUAUUUUUUAUGUUUUCUAAAAUUUAAUUAAGAACAAAUUAACAAACUUAAUAUUAUUCAAGCAAAAUAUUUACUUUAAUAAAGUCCAAUUAAUCAUUAUACACAAUCAAUUUUAUUAACAAUAUAUUGUAUAUUGGUAAUAUUGAAGGAGAUUGAACAAAUUUCUAUUCAUAUGCUAGAAAUGAUAUAUGGGUCGGUAGCAUUAUUGAAUAAUAUAUACACAAUAUUUCUCUAGUAUCUAUUUGGCUAACAAACUGAUAUGUGAAGAAUACAAAAAUGAAAAUUGAAUAUUGGCUACAAAUAUAUUUGUUGUCAAUAAUAUUGAUUAUGUGUGAACUGCUUUAGUGUAAGAAUUGAUCUGCUAAAAAGAAUCAAAUAUUUUGAUUAUCGGUAAAUUUAUCAAUGAACAUUUUAAAUAACCUUUGUCAACUGCUCACGGUUGUGUUAGAUAGAUCCUUUAUCCUUUGACAUUUAUUGUGCUGUUAUAUUAAUAUUGGUUUGAUAAAUUAUUAAAAACUCAAUUUGAAUGUUAAAUUAUUGAUCUGAUUGCAAAUAUUGAUACAAUUUACCCCUAACUCUUGUAGAACUUAAAAUCUAAUUGGAAUUUUUUGUCAUCUAAAACACCUGACGCCUUUCUAUCACACUUAAUCUAUUUAAUCAUUACGUUUCAAAUCUUUAUAAAAGUUAACAUUAUUUUGUACAAAAUAUCCUAGAUUCUCAACCUCACUUAUAACUGCUUAUCAUUGCUUUCUUAUCUUAUUUUUCAAAACGCGUAAUUUGUUUUACUUCUACUUAUUCUGGUCCCUUUUCAUUUCAAGUACUACUCCGUUCCUCAAGCCUAUUGUUAACUUAAUCCAGAUUAUCUGCAAACUGUACACUUUUCUCUCCUGUUGUCCACACGUACAUCCAAGAUUGGACAAUCGAUCAAAGUGUUAAGAACUCUUCAUACUGUUUGACAGAAAUUUACACUGGCUGUCAUCCUGAUAUAACUCUAUUUCUCUCUUCAAACAGAUAGAGAAAAUAUUCUCACCCAAUUUAUUUUAUUGUAUUAAAUGUACAAUCCUUAAAAGAGCCACUCUGUACUAUUAUGGUACACAAAUGAGUGGUUCUUGAGUCAACCUGUACUAAAUCAAAUCAAAACUUACUGUUUUAUUAGCAUUUUUUUUUUAAUUGCUAUUAAAGUAUCUUAUGAACAUGUAUUUAUUAAUAUUAUUUUAGAGCCACUGUGAAUAAAAACCUAUCUUUAGAUUCCUAUUUUGAUACCAAAAGAAUAAAAAUAAUUUUUAAAAACAAGAGUUAAUUUUAGCAUUAAAAAAAAACUCCAAUGAUACUUUUUUAUAUUGUAUCUUUAAUUGGGAGUAUUGAAUUAAGAUUAUAAAAUGGGGACAAAUAAAACUUUAAGUCUAUUAUUGCAUUUUAUAUUCUGAGUAUACCUAAUAAAGAAGCUUUUAACUUGACAAAGAUUUUUUUUUUAUUUAUUGAUGCAUACAGAUAUAAAAUAAAUUGUCUUGUAUAUAUCCUACCUUUUCACUUACAAUAUUGACUUGCUCAUUAGCAAUAUAGCAAUAUUCAGUUUUUUAUUUGUAUUAUAUGUAAUACAUGUUUUUAUAUUAUCUUAUUGGCUCACUAAUAAUAAUAAUACAAAUUUUUAAUAUUUUAUCUCUACCUAGUGGUGGAUAUUUCAAAUUUUAAAGUUUUGUUUAUGAUUGCAGGCAAGGCUUGAAGCCAAACUGGUAGGUAUCAAAGAAAAGAAGGCCAAAGAAGCAGCUGAAAAUCCUGAUGCUGCGAAAAAAGCAGCUGAAAAGAAAAAGAAGGGUAAAGGAAAGAAGAAGUAAAUUUUGUAUAUUGUUUGACUUUUAUAAUAAAAAAAGUUAAGACUUAAUGUUUAUUUUGUAAAUCAUUUUAAUUCUUUAAUAUAACAUGACAAAAAACAACAAAAAUACAUUUAAUUUGACUAAGUAGUAAUAUGUUUACAUAAUAUUUAUGUUAUCAACAAUUAGUGCAAGAAUAAUAAUGAGCAACUUAUAAUUUUUAGCAUUAUUCCGAUAAAUGUAAUAUUCUUUUCUUAAUUAAUUUUAGUAACUUGAUAUAUGAGAAAUCACUUUUGGCAUAUAUCGUGAUUCAUCAGAAACUUUUGGUAUAGUUAUGCUCACAAAAGGUGCAUGUAUUUUUGGAGUUGCUAGAAAUUUAGUUCCUGCUAUGUCGAUUUCAUACUUUGCUGUUGGAGAUAAUAUGUAGUCAUUUGUGAUGACUGUAUGAUUUCUAUUACGAUUAUCUGUAAAAGGUAGUCGAACGUAUCCCAAACAUAUUAAUUUUUCCAUUGUAAAACCAUAACUGAAAAAAAAAUGUUUUGAAUUUCGGUAUAUAUUAUACAAAAUCAUUGAUGGUUUUUUUUAUUCUUGAUUGAAUUGAAAUUCUAAGUUUUGAUUCUUUAAGAGAUAAUGUUUCAAUACUUAUUACUUACCCAGCUGAUGUUACAGUUCCAACAAACUUUCCAUUUCGAUAAAUUGGUUCCAUUCCCCAUGCCCAUAAAUCCUUAUCAGGAUCCAAGUCAUCUAAUAUAAACAUAACAAGUUUUUUUGUAAUUCCUUGAUCUUUUUGAUGUUGCAAAGCAAAUUUUCCUGUGAAAUAUUCUUUCUGUGAAAAGAAAAAGAAUAAAUAUUGAAAAUAAUUAUAAUUUAAAAUGAAUCAAAUUGUUUACAUUAAGUUUCACUAGAUGGUUACAGCCUGCUUCAAAUGGUGUAGUAAAUCUUGUCAGAUCUUCUGCCCAAAAUGGUAUAAAUUUCUCAAUCCUCAUAAAUCGUUGUGUUAAACUGCCGACAUCUCUAAUUCCAUAAUCAAAUCCAACUGUAAUUAGUCUAUCGUACACAUGCAGUGCAUAUUCCGAUGGGAUGUAAAGACAAAAUCCUGGUUCACCGGUGUGUGUAAAGGCCAUCAUCAUAACAUCUGAAGCAUAACCAAUGUCAACAGUCUGCAAUAAAUAAGCAUAAAUUGUAUGGUUGACGACUAGUUGAAUUACUAAACUGUUCAUUUAAUUACCUUAUAUGUAAAAGGUUGAACAUUUAAUUCAAUAUCAGAUUGUGAUAAUUCAGACAUCAAGGCACCAGCUUUAGGACCAAUAACAUUUACGACAGUGUACAUUGAAGUUAUGUCUGCCAGUUGAAUUGACUCAUCUUUAGGCAAAUGAUCUUUGAGCCAAUCUAAUACUCUAGUUUGCUGACUGGUCGGUGAUACCAUCAAAUAACUGUUUUAAUUUAAAGAACAUUUUUGUACUAGUAGAUUCUUUCAAUAAUAAUAAUAAUUCAUAUUUAUUUUUGAGACCACUAAGAAAAGUUUUACCAAUUUUCUCUUUCACGUACUAAAAGGCAGUCAUUUUCAUAACCACCUCUCUCAUUCAACAUGCCUGUAUGAACUAUCCCCCCUACUGGAAUAUUUACAUCAUUUGUACACAAACAUUGUAACCAUUCAACUACACCAGUAUAUUGAGACUGAAAAUAACAUCAAACCUAAAUUAAUGUUUAUUAAUGAAUCAAGUAUAUAAAAUAAUAUGUUACCUCAUUUUCUUCACUCAAAUCCUGUUUCCCCUGUACAUGAAUAUAUGCAAUUAAAAUAAAAUAUUAAUACACAGAAACAUAAUUAAAACUAAAAAGAAUAAUGAGUGAAUACCUGAAUUUUCAUUUUGGAAAACGAAGACAUGUCUAUUAUACCUACAGUUUCUCUACAAGCAUAAUAUUCUUCCAACAUAAAAUCAAAAAAUUUUGGUUUAUAAAAUGUACCUGGUGGCAUUACCGGAGGUGGCCCUUUUCCUAAUUAAAAAAUAUUGUACUGUGAAUUUGUUAUGAAUGACAAAUAUGCUCUAACAUCAUAACUACAAUAUAUUUGAUUUCUUAACUUUGACCUAAUAUCACAUAAACAUAGGCGUAACUUGAUCAAUAACUUUGAGGAUGUUAAAAUUGUGGAAAUAUCAAAUAUCCCAUGAUGGGAGCACAUACUCCCAGAAUCCCCUUCACAUGGUUCUUAUAAUAGUUAUCUACACAUUCCAAUUAAAAUUUUGUACAUACAAAUUUAUCAUAACUAUAUUAACAAUAUUUUUCAUAUACUGCACAUGCAUUAUUGUCUGUAGAAAAUCUAUACUUUGUUCUGCUCAUUAAUUAUGAAAUAUAAUACAAAUAAAGUAUUUAGUCUCGUUACAGUAUGAAAACACUGAUUGGGUUUUUAGGGAGUGCUAAAGAUCCCCUAGUUACGUCUAUGCACAUAAAUAUAUUUUUAUUUACCAUUGUAUGUUGUAUCAAAAUACAGUGGACGUUCAUAUCCCAUUCGAGUACCAAAAAUUGCUCCUCUUUUUUCCAGAACACUAAAUAAAGGUGAACAUCGUAACUUUCUAGCAUUCUUAUAUUCAUUUUGAUGAGGAUAUGGUAUAGCAUAAUGUCUAAAAAUUUUUAAUAAAUAAAUAAGUAAUUUAAAGUAAUCAUUUUUUUUUUUUUUGGUUAUUUCACGGU